CAAACAGAUCCGGGCACUUCCGCUUCCCUCGGCUUUCUUCUUGUCGGUGUCCGCAGCCGGCCAAGGACCGAGUCCCCGCGGAAGCGGCGGCGGCGGCGCCAUGGCGGAGCUGACGGCUCUGGAGAGCCUCAUCGAGAUGGGCUUCCCCAGGGGACGCGCGGAGAAGGCUCUGGCCCUCACAGGGAACCAGGGCAUCGAGGCUGCCAUGGACUGGUUGAUGGAGCAUGAAGAUGACCCAGAUGUGGACGAGCCUCUAGCGACGCCCCUGGGACAUACCCUGGGGCGGGAGCCCACAUCCUCAGAACAGAGUGGCCCUGAAGGACCUGGUUCCACAGCGGGAGAAGACAAACCCGUUUUGAGUGAAGAGGAAAAACAGGAACAGACUAAGAGGAUGUUGGAGCUGGUGGCUCAGAAGCAGCGGGAGCGCAAAGAAAGAGAGGAGCGGGAGGCAUUGGAACGGGAACGGCAGCGCAGGAGACAAGGGCAAGAGUUGUCAGCUGCACGACAGAGGCUACAGGAAGAUGAGAUGCGUCGGGCUGCCGAAGAGCGGAGAAGAGAAAAGGCUGAAGAGUUAGCAGCCAGACAGAGAGUUCGAGAAAAGAUUGAAAGGGACAAAGCAGAGAGAGCCAAGAAGUAUGGCGGGAGUGUGGGUUCUCAGCCAUCCACACCAACUACAGAGCCAGGUCCUGUUCCCUCCUCUCCCAGCCAGGAGCCUCCCACCAAGCGGGAGUAUGACCAGUGUCGCAUACAGGUCAGGCUGCCAGAUGGGACUUCACUGACUCAGACAUUCCGGGCCCGGGAGCAGCUGGCAGCUGUGAGGCUUUAUGUGGAGCUGCACCGGGGAGAGGAACCUGGAGGGGGCCAGGACCCUGUGCAGUUGCUCAGUGGCUUCCCCCGGCGGGCCUUCUCAGAGGCUGACAUGGAACGGCCUCUGCAGGAGCUGGGUAUGAUGCCCGGGACCUGGAACAGAACAUGGGGCGGGGGGGGAGGGGGGAGGCAGCGUGCCUGAGAAAAGAAGGGAUUCUAAGAGAAGGGAUUUCUUGGAGGUGGUGUGAGGUCAGGAUUUGGGGGUGUGAGUGAAAAAGGGAGGUAUCUUUGUGGCUCACAACUUCUUCUUUCUUCAGGACUUGUGCCUUCUGCUGUCCUCAUUGUGGCCAAGAAAUGUCCCAGCUGAGAAGCCUUUAUUCCACCAUCCCUCUCUGACCUCUUCAUCUUUGUUAAAGCACUGACAUCUCCUUCCUAAUAAAUAGACCCUCUGAGUUCUGUA